CCUGCAGAAGCGAAGCUUUUUUUUGAUCCGCCCUCUGAAACUCAUCUAAAAUACCGGAAGUCGCUUUUUGUCUAUCCACCAUGGUAACGGUAAAAGCUUCCUCACGCCCUACGACAUCAUCUCCAGCAGAUCAUCAUCAUGUGUCUCGAUGGGCCAAGUCCGAAGCCUUUUUCUUCAACCAAGGUGCCAAUCUCGCCUUUCUCGGUCUCAUGCUCGCGCUCAAUAUACUCAUGCUGGUGUGGGGUACGUACGAGUUCACCGGUACGCGGUUCGUCACGGACAGUGACAUAUUGCGUGUCACUCUGCCCAUCGCUCGAGCCGGUGGAAGAGUGGUAACCUGGAAUGCUGCCCUCAUAUUCCUGAGCGGAUCCAAGUACCUCUGGACCUGGCUUCGGCAGUCGCCGUUGCAUUUGGGCUUUCCCAUCGACAACGUCAUGCCCUAUUAUCACAAAAUGAUCGCUUGGACGAUCAUCUUUAUGGGAUGUGUCGUGCACACCAUUCCCCAGGUCAUCAACUACGCCACCAAAGAGCUACGCAUCGAGGGCGGUCCGAUUUGGUUGUGGGGGGACGGUCUGGCGACCAAGCAGCUCUUGGUGACGGGAAUUUUCCUCUUUUGGAUCUUUGCUGGGUUCUUCAUGACGACCUUGGAGCGCGUCCGGCGCACGACAUGGGGCUUUCGACUAUUCUGGGUGGCGCACAUGAUUAGCAUUACCUGCGUAUUGCCAUUGCUGAUCAUCCACGGAACGAUCCGCGGUAAGCCCAUAUUGAUGUAUACGGCAUCUUUGCCCAUUGCCAUUUACAUUGUGGAUAGCUUUAUGCGCCGUAUGAUGUACAAGACGGUGCAGGCGGGGGUAGUGCGAUUCCAAGCGUUCGGUGGCGAAGGGCAAGGUGGUGGCGAAAAGGUCGUUGAGCUGAUUCUUCGCAGCAGUGCGUACAAGUAUCGUCCGGGUCAGUAUGCCGAGAUCCAAAUUCCCGAGUUGUCGCGAUAUGAAUGGCAUCCGUUUACCAUUGCAAGCGCCCCAAACAGUGAUAAUACUGUUUCCUUUUGCAUCAAAGCUCUGGGCCGAUGGACUAAUGGACUGUUCGACCUCGCGGAUACAUUUCAGGGCGGCGACGUGGAAGAACCGAAAGCGCCGUUGAGCAUGACUGUGAAUCUCCGCGGUCCAUUUGGAGCACCGGCUCAGAACUAUCUGAACUACAGACACUUGGUAGUGAUUGGAUCAGGAAUCGGUGUGACCCCGCUUUUAUCGGUAUGGGCCUACUUGGUGAGGGCGACCAAGGGUCUGGUCAAAAAAGUUCCACCUCCCUCGACUUCUGAGUUUACGGCCCCCAGCUCUUCCUUUAUAUCCGAGGAUAUGGACUUGCCCUUUGAUGAAGUUGCUGAAGACAGGUUACUGGCAUGUGUUGACGUGAAUGCGGUUGAUGUGAUUGAGAUGGAUCGUCCAUUCAAGACACUGCGUGGUAAACUUGCAUACUACGCCAGUACUCUUGAAACGAUGACAGUCAACAUCUGUCUUUUCUUGUUCUCACUUUUCGUGGAGGUCACUGUGUUUAGUGUCUGGCUGUUUGGGUUCGGCAAAGAAGCAGCCUUGAUUCAAAUCAUAGCCUCAACGAUCGCGUUAAUUAUCUUUGGGAGCAAGGUCGCUUUGUCGCUUGUGGUCUAUGGCGGUCGAUAUGUCCGCUCACUUGUCUUCGCUCUGGAAAUGGGGAUCGUGCUGCUGGACGGGGCUGCGUUGGCCACGGCGGUCUCUACUCGCCACUCUCCAAGUAAGCCUGAAGCCAUUUCUUACUUUGUGUUCUACGGUGCAUUUAUUGCGCUACAUUCGGUUCGAAUCUUCCAUAUUUUCUAUGCGACGGCGCGUCCACCACAUACGGAAGAACCUACUCGGGGCGUGGAUGCGAUUCACUCUGUAACAGGAAUCUGGGUCGCCAAGAAGUACGAGGAUAUGUCCUUUGCAGCACCGAGUCUUGUCCGCACGCUUCCGGGACUGUCCAAAGUAUUCUCGUUGCGUCUCUUUGCGACGCGCGACAAAGAAGAGGAUCUGGUGCACCGCAAUCCUCUCGCCGAUCAUGGACCUGAUCACAUUUUGACUGCCGGGAGACCCGAUUGGGAUGCUCUGUUGGCCGAAGCUCUCGAAAAGGCCCACACGUCGCAUCCAGAGGGUGACGCGGUGGGAGUCUUCUUUUGCGGGGCUCCCGCCAUUGCCCGAACGCUGCAGCGAACUGCUCAUAAAGUUACGGCCCAGCAUCACUACACGGUGCGCCGUGCCACCGGAACAGCUUGUCGUUGUCGAGUGCUGGUCCACAAGGAGAAUUUUUGAACGCUGUCGGCACUUAAGGCUGUCGAUAAUUUGGAUAUAAUGUAUUUUAAAAAAGUUCCAUGAACCGUUUGCGGG